AUUCAUUCAAAGCCAUUCAAAGAAAUAUUAUAUACAACCUUCUCAGUUUCCCAUCUCUCUACUGCUUCAAUUUGCUUCUUUCACCACCUCCUGCUGCUGCUGCUGCUGCUUUCCUCCGCUCGACCAUGGCUACGGCUACUCUAUCAGUAGCCAAACCAUCUCUCCAGCAGGCUAAUCUAAAGGGAUUUGGAGAAUUCUCCGGGCUCCGUAACUCGUCAACCUGUCUUCCCUUUGCGAGGCGAACCUCCGAUGAUUUCCUUUCCGUCAUUGCCUUCCAAACCUCUGCUGUGGGAAGCAGCGGAGGAUACAAGAAAGGGAUUGUCGAAGCAAAGCUUAAGGUAGCCAUCAAUGGGUUUGGAAGGAUUGGAAGGAAUUUCUUGAGGUGCUGGCAUGGUCGCAAGGAUUCCCUACUUGAUGUCGUUGCCAUCAACGACAGUGGAGGUGUCAAGCAAGCUUCUCACCUCCUCAAGUACGACUCGACUCUCGGCAUCUUCGAAGCCGAUGUCAAGCCUGCCGGAGAUGAGGCCAUUUCAGUCGAUGGCAAGAUCAUCCAGGUGGUCUCCAACCGCAAUCCUCUCAACCUUCCCUGGAAGGACUUGGGAAUAGACCUGGUGAUUGAAGGAACUGGCGUGUUUGUUGAUAGAGAGGGUGCAGGGAAGCACAUUGAGGCUGGAGCAAAGAAGGUCCUAAUUACAGCACCUGGGAAGGGUGACAUUCCGACCUAUGUUGUCGGGGUUAAUGCCGAUGCUUACAGUCACGACGAGCCUAUCAUCAGCAAUGCUUCUUGCACUACCAAUUGCCUAGCUCCUUUCGUCAAGGUCCUCGACCAGAAGUUUGGUAUCAUCAAGGGAACAAUGACUACCACUCACUCCUACACUGGUGACCAGAGGCUACUUGAUGCCAGCCACCGCGACCUCAGGAGGGCAAGAGCUGCUGCACUCAACAUUGUCCCAACCUCCACAGGAGCAGCCAAAGCUGUUGCUCUAGUCCUUCCUUCUCUUAAGGGAAAACUUAACGGGAUUGCACUUCGUGUGCCUACUCCAAAUGUUUCUGUUGUUGACCUUGUUGUCCAGGUUUCUAAGAAGACCUUUGCUGAAGAGGUGAACGCUGCAUUCCGGGAAAGUGCCGAGAAGGAGCUCAACGGUAUCCUCUCCGUUUGUGACGAGCCCCUCGUUUCGGUCGAUUUUAGAUGCUCUGAUGUCUCCUCGACUGUCGACUCUUCAUUGACUAUGGUUAUGGGAGAUGACUUGGUGAAGGUCAUUGCUUGGUAUGAUAACGAGUGGGGUUACUCUCAACGGGUUGUUGAUUUGGCUGACAUUGUUGCCAACAACUGGAAAUGAGCAUGAGUGGUUUUCUCAUUCUAAGCUAACCACAUUUCCAGCUUGUUUUCUGCAUUUCUGCUUAAUUUUUCCCUUAAAUUUGUAAUGCGAACACGAAAAACCAUUUUCCACUACCCACCAUCCAAUAAAUAUAUAUGCCACAAAACUAUGCAGAGUGAUGAA